AUGCCGACAACGCAAUACUCGCCCGAAGCGGCGCGCAGGGUCGUGCGGGUCGUCAUCCUGGCAUUGAUACUGGACCUGCUUAGCUUCACCAUGCCGUGGGAUUUCGUGCGACAAGAAGCAGGACGAGUUCACUCGGCACCAACGCUGCUCUCCCGGACGCUCGAAUGCGUCCGCACCCUCCGCGCGUACCUCCUUCCCUCCACCUCCUCCUCAACCCGCUCAUCCGCCUCACGAUGGGACCUCACCCUCCUCGGCGGCCUGCUCGCCUCCCUCUUCUCCUUCUGCCAGUUCCUCAUCAGCCCACGACUCGGCAAGCUGAGCGACCGCUUCGGGCGCCGACGGGUCCUCCUCGGAACGAUGGUCGGGAACGUCCUCUCGGCGCUGUUGUGGCUUUUCGCGGGCAACUUUGCGAUCUAUGCGGCGAGUAGGAUUGUUGGAGGCCUGAGCGAGGGAAACGUGCAGCUGAGUAUUGCGGCGAUCUCGGAUGUCACGACGCCUGAGACGAGGGCUCGGUCGCUCGCGCUUGUGGGAGCGGCGUUCUCCCUCGCCUUCACCUUCGGUCCAUCACUCGGCGCGUACCUCUCGACACGGACGUUCGGCAAGGGCUCGAUCGUCCACCUGCCGUCGAAACUCGCCUCGGCAUUCCCUUUCCUUCCGCCGACGAUCCAGCUCAACUCGUACGCCGUACCUGCCGCAAUGACCGUCGUCCUUCUCUCCCUCGAGACGCUCUUUCUCUACCUCUGCCUGCUCGAAACGCGCGACUGGAAGAUCUCCACGAUGCCCGCCUCCUCCCCCAGCGAAGCCAAGUCGACCCGUCCCUCAAGCCGCCCAGUUCGCUCCCCUGCAGCACGUCAAGCCCGCCUCCGCUCCCUCUCCCGCCUCCACCUCCUCUUCCUCUUCUUCUUCUCCGGCGCCGAGUUCACCCUCACCUUCCUCACCCACAACCUCUUCGACUGGUCGAACGCCCAGAACGGCCGCCUCCUCGGCUUCAUCGGGAUCCUCUCCGCCCUCUUGCAGGGCGGGUAUGUACGGCGAAAAGCGAAAGGCGCGAGUGCGGAACAGACGGCAAGGAUGGCGAUGAGCGGGAUGCAGGCUUGCGCGGGGUCGCUCGUCGCUUUGGCGCUCUUGCCACUCGUUGCCAAGGCCAAGGGCGAGGCGGCGCUUGCGAAGGGGUUGCUGUGGAGCGCUGCGGCGGGGUUGGCGUUCGUCAGCGCGACGGUGGUCAACUCGCUCAAUGCGCUCGCCUCGCUCGAGACGGACGAGGACGACAUGGCGACGAAGCUGGAGGAGCGGAUCGACAAAGGCCAUGUGCUUGGCUCGUUCCGCUCUGCAGGGCAACUCGGCCGCGCAGUAGGACCACUCGCGACAACAGCGAUCUACUGGACGGUGUCGCCGACAGCGGCGUAUGCAGUGUGUGCGGUGGGAGUCGCGCUGGUCGUCAGAGGGAUGCGAGGGAUCGUGCGAGACGAGUGGCGGCGGGGCAUCACGUUCAAGGAGGAGUAG